AGUUAACGGUUGGUGACGUUCGACUAACUGCAAAGCCAAAUAUUUAUGCUGGGGUCGAGACAAGACAGGCAGUAGCGGAGCGGAUGUGAUCGGUACUACACAUGUGGCGGUGCGGAGGAUCCGCGAAGUUUUCAUGCAUAGUCUAGGCGCAUUCUUGAUGGAUGAAGGGGUUCCGCAGACUCUAAACCCUCAUCUACAGAGGGUUUUGAAGAGUUAUCAAACAGCGGCUAUAAGAAGUCUAAGCGGACCUAGUGGAUAUUCUAUUAUUAGUGAUUUGUCGAAAAUGAGUGCCGGUGACAUAGAGGAAUAUCGUAAAGCAAUGGCUAGCGUCAAGAAGAUACCGACUGACAAGGGCAUGGAUUAUGACCCAUUUCUAGCUCCUCCACCUUUUCCUAUACAACAAAUGCCGGUAUUCACCCCCGUAGAUACUUCUCGCAGUGACAAAUCCGAGACUAUUUUAGAAGGAGAAACAAUUGCUUGUUUUAUGGUCGGGGGAGAAAAAAGACUGUGUCUCCCUCAAAUUUUAAAUACAGUGUUGCGUGACUUUACCUUACAACAAAUAAACACCGUGUGUGACGAACUACACAUCUUCUGUUCGAGAUGUAAUCACGAGCAGUUAGAAACUCUGAAACUGACGGCUAUUUUACCAUUUACAGCUCCGAGUUGUGGACUUAUAACCAAAACGGACGCAGAAAGACUUUGUAAUGCUUUAUUACACGGUAGCCCCGAAAAAUACUCCGACCCCCCUUCGCCGAAUAGUUUUAAAGUUUAUCAUGAAUGUUUUGGAAAAUGUAAGGGGAUCUUUCACCCCGAACUUUAUGUCGAACCGGACGCAAAGUGUAUUCAAUGUGUCGACUGUAACGGACUCUUCAGUCCAUCGAAAUUCGUGUGUCAUUCUCACAAAGCUCUCGAAAAUCGAACCUGUCACUGGGGUUUCGAUUCGGCGAAUUGGAGGGCUUACCUUCUGUUAGCCAAAUACCAAGAGGGGCGAGAAAAGCUCCAAGAUGCCAUGGAACAUAUGAAAGCACGCUUUGACCCUGGCAACAAAUUUAAACGAAAACAGAGUCCUGAUAGUGAUAGUGUUUUACAGAAGCGAUUAAAGGGAGAGGUGUGUUUAUCUCCGGGAGAAGUAACGGCCUGGCAGGAUGCCACCGGUAUGCGAACUGUCUCAGCCUUCCAACCCUGGGCUCCUAAUGUUCUCAGUGCUAUUAAAGAUGGUAAACUUAUGCCGGCUCCUGCUAUUAUGCGAGAAGGGUUAACUGGUAUAUUACCGUCAUAUUUACAUACUGGUCCACCAGUUUUAUUACAUCCCGAAAGAGUUAUACCAUAUUCAGAAUCAGAAAGGUAUGAAAGACAUUUUACACCGAAUGUCUCAUUAGCACCUCCUGUAUCAAAACCAGAUAAAUCAGAUGACGAAACCGAAGGCAGUCCUAAAAGUAGCCAAGCAGGCAAGAGUGAAACAUGUAAAGUAUCGGCUAGUCUCAGUAAAUCGGAUUACCACGAGUACGAUCUUCCUACAGAUACUGAUGAUUCUUCAUUGGAACAAUCUUCACCAUCAGAUGUUGGCGAUGAAGUCUCAUUUCCUGAUAUUCCCCCGUUUGAAAGUACUCUGGAAGCAGAAAUCGAAAUGAUACGAAGAGUCUUGGAUGGAAAAAUACCCAACACCAAAGAAGCUAAAGAUAAUUUCCUCCAUGAAUAUUCCAAGCUACGUGUUCCACAAGAAGAAUUACUCAACACCAUCAAUCAAGCUAAACAAACUUUAACAAAGGAAUUAACUUCUCACAAGAAUCGUUUACGCGAAGAACUGGAGAAGAAAAAGUCCCUUCACAAAGAAAACAACCGUAUUCGUAUCGAAAGUGAAUGUAGGUUACAAGAGGCAGCAGAAGAAAAAGAAAGACUUCUAGCAGAAGUCAGAAGAAUGAAAGAACGGGAAGAAUCCGGGCUGAGUGAGAAAUACAUACAGAUGAAUAUGGAACUGGAAGGACGUCUGCAGCAUUUCAAAAGUCUCUACGACGAUCUGCAGGACGAAAACCGAAUUCUACGAGAAGAACUCAAGCGAUUGGGAAUAGACAUUGUGGAACUGUUGGCUCGAGAUAAAUCUAUUGUCAACGGCAAAUCCAAACACAUAGACAUUAAAUCUGAAAUGUCAUCCAAACUCUUACAAGAAGCUCUCAUGAAAGGUGAACUAUUUUUCCGAAGAGCCAAUCACAUGAAAAGAGAACGCGUCCAUCUGGUCGAGUGAUUGAAAAAAAAAACAAAAACAAAAACAAAAUGGAAGACCAUCGUGUUUGUUGGUUAUUGUUUUAUAAAUAAAUCUAGGCUGUGAUUGUUCUUACAAAUGGCUGAAAUAAGUCUUGUUAAACCCUGAAUGUUGUGUCCGCAAUUGUUGAAAACAUUAUUGAACGAAAAAAUUGGUCAGUUGAAGAAGCUUAUUUGUGUUAUGAAAUAUGAAU